CCCGGCCUGCGCAGUUGGGGCCGGACCGCUUUCGCACUCCAACUCCCCUCGCUUUCUUCCCACCUCUCACCCAUCCUCCCCUCUGCCUCUCUCUGGUCCUCCUUGUCCUUGUCCUCGCUCCCUCCCCUUCGCAGAUCUCCCGCUCCCCAACCCAACCGUCACGUCGCGGCGGCGGCGGUGGCGCGCAGCUGACCGGAUUGAGCAGGGGAUGGACGGCGGCGGGGGGCUGGGCGGCUUCCGGUGGACCGCGGAGGAGGCGUCGACGAUCGGGGGCAUCGCCACGGUGUCGCUGCUGCACUCCUUCAUCCCCACGCACUGGCUCCCCUUCUCCAUCGUCGCGCGCGCGCAGCGCUGGCCGCUCUCCCGCACCCUCCUCGUCACUGCAUUUGGAGGUGUUCUUCAUGUUGUUUCUACGGCUCUUCUCGGGAUAACUGCAGUUACUAUGGCAAAUACUAUAGCUGGCGAAGAAACAGUGCACAAACUUGCCUCGCUGUUGCUGAUUUUUCUUGGAGCAAGUUAUAUCCUGUUGUUUGCCUUAGGAAAAGGUGGUCAUAGCCAUGCUCAUAAUCAUCCAAUGGAAAAGAUGGCAGUCGCCGGUCUUGUACUUGUACCUGCAUUAUCACCCUGUGCAACAACUCUUCCAGUUUUUCUUGCUGUUGGCAACUCUUCCUCAAUGAUGAUUCUUGCGAUCAUUGUGCUCCUCUUCAGCACCAUCACAGUGAUGACAUCCUUGGUGGCCCUUUCAUUCUAUGGUGCUAGCCAAAUCAAGUUCCACUGGGUUGAGCGCUACGACAAGAUCCUUGUCGGCACGGUGCUGUGCCUUGUUGGAGUUUUAACAUAUGUGUUCCAUCAUCACGACGGUGAUGAGCACUCUCUCCACGAGCAUGUGCACCGGAAACUCGUGUCUCCCUAGAUGCCUAGUAGAUACUGAAGUUUCAUGUCUUGUUGUCCCCCUAACCGUCCCGCACAAUGGAUGUUGUAUACAAUCUGAUUAUCGAAAUCUACCGCUCUGGUUUUGCUGGGCAUACAUAUCAUCUAAUCAAGUGAAUAUAUUGCGCAAACUGCGUGAAGUUUGUACCGUUGUGAUAAUAGUUGCCUCUUUUCCUUCAUUCUGAAAUGUUACCUUCCUACUUUUGGACGCAAUAAAUUGUUUGUUGAAA